GUUAAGUGUCCGACUUCGGCUCAGGUCAUGAUCUCACGGCUCGUGAGUUCGAGCCCCACGUCGGGCUCUGUGCUGACAGCUCAGAGCCUGGAGCCUACUUCGGAUUCUGUGUCUCCCUGUGUCUCUCUACCCCUCCUCUGCUCAUGCUCUGUCUCAAAAAUAAAUAAACAUUAAAAAAAUUUUUUUUUAAAAGAGUGAGAAAGGCCAGUGAUAAGUUUAUAAACUCAUGAAAUAACAAAUAACAAAAAGUUGCCGUAUUGUGGCUGAAACCGUGCCUGAUGAGUUUCCUCUGGUUUCCUGGACUAUUCCAUCCAUGAUUUUGUGGUUAGCCCAGAUGAGUUGACAAGACAUCUGUAUUCAAGGCAACGGUCUUCUCGCUGGGUCGUGAUGAUUAUGGCAUCAUACUUGGAAGGGAGCAGUGGCUGCCUCUGGUCAGUUAGGUAAUGGCUGUAACUGGGCAAAAGAAACAAAAAAGUGCAGUUUCAAUGAUGAGCCCAGGGGGAGUGCAGUAUAAACGUGUUCUGAUGGGAAAUGAGGUAAGUGGAGCAAAGGUGGAAAGCUUUUGUUUGUGUGCACCCUUUGGAACCAAAGGGCUUUGGCCCGUCUUCACAGAUCUUAAGUCAUAAAUAGCAGAGGUCAAAGAAUAGUCUUUAAAGCUACACAAUAAAGAAAGGACCUCUCUCCACUGGGUCUUUUCAGCGCGUCGCUACCAAUGCGGUGUCUGGAGCCGUGCAAGGACACCUGGGACCUACAGAAGGAGCAGUGCCACAGCCUCUGCGAGCCUCUGUUCCCCAAGAAGAACUACGAAUGCCUGACGAGCUGUGAGUUCCUCAAGUACAUCCUAGCGGUGAAGCAGGGGGACUGCCCGGCCCCCGAGAAAGCAAGCGGAUUUGCCGCCGCCUGUGUGGAAAGUUGUGAAGCUGACAACGAGUGCUCUGGGGUUAAGAAAUGUUGUUCCAAUGGGUGCGGACACACCUGCCAGGUGCCCAAGACGCUGUACAAAGGUGUCCCCCUGAAGCCCAGGAAAGAGUUAAGAUUCACAGAACUGCAGUCUGGACAGCUGGAGAUUAAGUGGUCCUCGAAAUUCAAUAUUUCCAUUGAGCCUGUGAUCUACGUGGUGCAAAGAAGGUGGAAUUAUGGAAUCCAUCCUAGUGAAGACGAUGCCACACACUGGCAGACGGUAGCCCAGACCACAGAUGAGCGGGUCCAGCUGACUGACAUACGACCCAGCAGGUGGUACCAGUUCCGAGUGGCAGGUGUCAACGUGCAUGGGACCCGAGGCUUCACCGCCCCCAGCAAACACUUCCGCUCUUCCAAAGAUCCCUCUGCACCCCCAGCGCCUGCCAAUCUCCGGCUUGCCAACUCCACCGUAAACAGCGACGGCACCGUGACCGUGGCCAUCGUCUGGGAUCUCCCCGAGGAACCAGACAUCCCUGUGCAUCACUACAAGGUAUUUUGGAGCUGGACAGUCAGCACCAAGUCACUUGUCCCAACAAAAAAGAAGCGGAGAAAGACUACGGAUGGGUCCCAGAAUUCGGCGAUCCUGGACAGACUGCAGCCAGACAGUGGCUACACCGUGGAGCUGCAGGCCAUCGCGUACUGGGGGCAGACGCGCCUGAAAGGAGCGAAGGCGUCCCUGCACUUCACGCCCGCACGCUCUGCCAGCCACAAAGAGCAAGUUGGGAAACCCAGGAAGAGUGUGGUGCACAUACAGCCAUCUUUCCAAAGACGACGGCCCGCUCGCCUCCUGGAAAUCGGAGCUCCCUUCUAUCAAGACAACCAGCUGCAGGUGAAGGUCUACUGGAAAAAGACUGAAGAUCUCAGCGUCGACCGAUACCACGUGCAGUGGCUCCCGGAGGUCUGUGCCCACAACCGCAGCGCCGGAGCAGAGACCUCUUCUGGCAUCACCCAGGAAAAUUAUAUCAUUCUUCAGGAUCUGUCGUUUUCCUGCAAAUAUAAGGUGACGGUGCAGCCGAUUCGGCCCAAGGGCCGCUUGAAGGCAGAAACCGUUUUCUUCACGACUCCGCCGUGCUCUGCCCUGAAGGGGAAAAGCCACCGGCACAUGAGCUGUCCCGGCGAAGCAGGUCACGUGCCUGCCAAGGUGCUCGCCAAGCCCGAGAACCUUUCUGCCUCGUUUGUCGUCCAAGAUGUUAACAUCACGGGCCACUUUUCUUGGAAGAUGGCCAAGGCCAAUCUCUAUCAGCCCAUGACUGGCUUUCAGGUGACCUGGGCCGAGGUCACGACGGAGAGCAGACAGAACAGCUUGCCCAACAGCAUCAUCUCACAGUCGCAGAUACUGCCUUCCGAUCAUUACGUCCUAACAGUGCCCAAUCUGAGGCCAUCUACGCUGUACCGACUGGAAGUGCAGGUGCUGACCGCGGGAGGGGAAGGGCCGGCCACCAUCAAAACUUUCCGGACGCCCGACCUCACACUGCCCUCGGUGCACAGACCCCACCUCAAACAUCGGCAUCCUCAUCAUUACAAGGCUUCCCCAGAAAGAUACUAGACGGCUCCAGACAACGUCCAAGAAGUGAAGGAAUGUGCCGGCGUGCUGAGCUGCCAGGCCGGCACGUGUGGUUCUACAGGCAGGCGCCCCAUACAACUCCCUGCCCCCGUAACUCUGCGUCCGAGGAACCUCUGCUGAUCUCGGGCACCUCUGGAAACUAGCGACACACAGCCAGUGGGGACGGACCCAGCUUCCUGCGGGGACGGAGGAAAGGAAGGUGAGGCCCGUGACACUGGACGCCAAAAUAUCCACAUACGAAUCCCCAUCGAAUGACUGCAGAAGUGAGAUCUCCCUGCAUUUGGAGGAGCACAUUCUCAACACAGUCCACACACGCACACGAAGCAUAACGCUAAACCAACAACACGUUUUUAGAUUCAACGAUGGCUUUGAUUUGCAGGGUCAACUGAGAUGAUGCAGUUUUUAGGCCCUAUUUAUUCCGAUCUUUCCUAAGAUGAUUUAUACCACGUGUAGUUUUUAACUGACAAAGGUUAAUCUCAAAUACAGCAAUUAAUUUAAAUCUCCGCUUGUCCCUAAGCUACGUUCACACAAAGGCGAAUGAGCAUCGCGUCUGUCAACGGCGGUUUUCAAAAGACAUCCAAAACAGGAAAGAUUCAGCCCGUCACGCUGCUAUCCAGAGUCUGCCUUGGAGAAAUGAAACUUCUUUCCGGGGGAUACUUUUUAACAUUUCAUCCUGCAAAAUGAGACAUUUCCCUGACGUGUUUUCUUACUUACGUUUUCCUUGUUUUCUUAAUGCAGAAAAGAGCUGCUGAUAGGCUUUGUUUUACCACUUCACGAACUUAAAAAUUUACAAAACCUCUUGCUUAAAAUGAAAGGAUCCCAACUACUGGGUAUCUUCCAGUCCUUACUAAGUUUUGCCUUUCCUUAAUCAAAGUAAGCUACUUGUAUGCUAGAAUAUUCCCUAUUCUCGGUCAUGUAGGAAACACGAGGCCAUGAUUGACAGAGGACGGCUAUUUAGUCUUUCAAAUCCAUUCUGUCGUACUGUUUGCCUCCAAACUACCCCUCUGUGGCAUGGACUCGGGUCAAGACAUAUCAACCAUAUGUGAUGUUGAAGUGCACCUUGGGGCAGCCUUACACCCAGAAGCGUUUAGUCGGAUAAAGUUUGCUCUUGAGGGAAUAUCCAUAUUUAUGGUUUGAAACGCACAGAUAUGUGUACUUGUUUGUGUGUGUGU